UCACCUGCACCCAUAAUCUACUCCCAACACCAUCCCCUGCACCCAUAAUCUGCUCCCAACACCUGCUACCAUCACCUGCACCCAUCACCAUCACCUGCACCCAUAAUCUGCUCCCAACACCUGCUCCCAUCACCAUCCCCUGCACCCAUAAUCUGCUCCCAUCACCAUCACCUGCACCCAUAAUCUGCUCCCAACACCUGCACCCAUCACCAGCUCCUGCAUCCAGCAUCUUGCACCCAUUACCUGUACCCAUCACAUUGCACCUGAGCCACACACUGCUGGGCACCUGUACCUGCCCCUAACCCACCUGCCAUACAAUCGCCUGGCACCGACCUCUCCUGGUUUUUAUAUCCUCAUUAUACCUACAACUCUCUUCUGCAUCAGCUCAUUAUUAUUAUUAUUAUUACUUCUCCUUUACCUCAUUCUGUCAUUUAGCAGCAUCCACAGGGUUGCACUGACUCACAGGCUCCUCUGUGAUUUUCUAGCAUUUUUUGAAGCUAAGUAGAAGGAAUACUUUUUCAUCAUCAUCCAUUAUACAUACAAAUAUAUAUAUAUAAUAAUAAUAUAUAUUUUGCAGUGCUGCACAAUCGGUCCCAUUUAGAAAAAUCACACGUGCUUCCAAAAGUCCCCCAAGCCCAUUAGAAAAACCAGCGUAUUGAUCAUAGGAAUUAGCUGUGAGUAUAACACACUGGAGACCACAAUAAGUAUAUGAUUCAGCUGCAGUAGUGGUAGCUGGACACUGAGGUUUAUCUAUGCACACUUCUGUCUAGGUUCUGUCACUUUACCCCCCUCUCCCACACCAUUGAGCUGACAGCAGCUUUAUCACUGAAACAAGCUCAAACACCCAGUACAAUGUCAAUGUUACCGUUUGUGAGUCGGACUGCUCUGCGCCCUGCUGUGUAUCUGAAGACAUGGAGCAGGCUAGGGGUAGGCAAGCAACAGUGCACCGGGGGCGCAGCCAUGCUGAGCUGCAGGUUGUUGGGCACUCACCCAAGAAAGGAGCCUAUUGAAUCCCUAAACACAGCUCAAGGGGCCAAGGACUUCAUCUACAGCCUGCACGCCACUGAGAGGAGCUGCCUCCUGCGGGAGCUGCACAAAUUUGAAUCUAUAGCAAUUGCACAAGCCUCCCGAUAUCCCAAAACCCACCUGUACAAGAAAAGCCGGAUUGAUGAGUUACCUUCAGAAAAGCUGGAAGUCGACCCUCCUUCUUCGGGGCAGCUAAAGCACGUUUUAUUCCACAAUGCACUUCCAUUCAUAGGAUUUGGCUUCUUGGACAAUGCCAUCAUGAUUGCUGCCGGGACACAGAUAGAACUGUCUAUUGGGGUCGUUUUAGGAAUAUCCACCAUGGCAGCUGCUGCCUUAGGAAACCUAGUGUCAGAUUUAGCAGGACUUGGCCUUGCAGGUUAUGUUGAAGCCAUAUCUUCUAGACUGGGUCUGCCUAUCCCUGACCUGACACCGAAACAAGCAGAUAUGUGGCAAACACGUCUUAGUGCCCACUUGGGCAAAGCAAUAGGAGUGACCAUUGGCUGCAUACUAGGAAUGUUUCCCCUUUUGUUCUUUUCAUGGGACGAAGAGGAAAAUGCAGAGAAGAAGAAAUAACAUUGACUGUCCCGGUGAAACCCAUGACUCUGUAUAGUUUGCAGUGCACAGAAAGUAAGGCUGGGACCUGUACGUGGGAACAAAUGGCUUUCAGAAUGUUAAGUGCACUUCCUCCGAUCAUAUGACAUUCAUUGACUUCCUAUUUAUAUGCAGAGACAUGGCAAACCUUGCCUGUGACUUCCAGGAAAAAAAAGCAAGUGUUGUGUCAUUGAGGGUCUGAACAGUUUUUCAUCCAUAGGGAUCUCCAGCUUCUCCUGAACUCCAGCUCUUAGUCCUUGGCUGCUAGAGGGGGGAGCUAAGAGUUGUAGUUCAGCAACCUGCUCCUUUCAUUGGGACCCUUUAUAUAUUGCAAACACUAACUAGGUACAGGCUCUUCCCAAUAAAAACUGUACCUGCAAGUGGUCUUGCGUGAGACAUUAUUUAGUAGCAUUCAGAAGACCCACAAGCACAAGUUUGCAACCCUCUAUAUUGUUAACAUAAAACACUAAACGGCACAAGAAGAAUGGACUUUUGCUGAGCCCAUCAACUUACUGAUCCACCAUAGUGUUGGUGCCUUUCGCAUUCUUUACUUUCUAUGAGAGCAUUCCCUCCACUACAGGCCCGGACUGGCAAUCUGUGGGUUCUGGCAAAUGCCAGAGGGGCUGCUGUAAGAUGCCAUAGACAAUAACUAUUUAGUUGGCUGAUAGUGGCUGUUGGGACCUCAAUGUGCCUAUUUGGACUCCCACUCCAGACCUGACUAGCCCAUUGUGCAAGCUGGAAUGGAAGUUCAUUGAUUAAAUCUAUAAUUUCAUGAUAUAUUUUCUAAGCUCCUUCUCCAUUAUGGAUUUGCCUAACCCAGUGAUCCCCAAACAGUGGCUUGUGAGCAACAUGUUGCUCUCCGACCCCUUGAAUGUUGCUCCCUGUGGCCUAAGAGAAUGUACCAUUAACAACCCCCCUCUAAAUUCGAUCCUGUAGCCAGGAAUUGCAUCAAUUAAAUCUAUGUCCACAGCAUAUUAGUUACAUCUGGGGGUUACUAUUGCCGCCUCAGUAGAUUUUUAGGAAGAACUACCAGCUUUCCGUGGCACUUAGGAUACUUCCCCUCCUGCAAUUUAUUUCUCUUAGGCAAAUGCAUAAAUUGCUGGGGCUUUAUAAAUACCUAAUGAUGAUCAUUUCCCUUAAGAACCCAUUUACCCAUAAGGAUUUCCCGUAUGGUUUGAAACGAGUCGUAUAACUUUCUUAUUGCAUGGUUUUAAUUGCUCACUGUGCUCAGCUGGAGCUGCAUGCCUCAUCUUUAUAACUCCAAAUAUAAAUCCAUUAGCGUAUUCAAAUGUAAAAAUCAUUUGCUUCCCUUUAACUUGGAAAAAAAUGUGUACAUUCACCGGAACACUGCCCUGUUCCCUUAUAAUUCAUGUAUUUAAUCCAAUGAUGUAGUCUCAGUGAUACUCAAAUUGGUUCUUAUCUUUUAUAUUAUAAAGAAGACAGAUAAGAAAUUAAAGUUUGAAGCAAUGGGACUCCGUA